UGAGAGUGAAUGGUACGACGGGGUCGGACGAGGGACGGUCGAGCAGGACGGAAGAUCUCGGAGUUCUGUCAGUGGCCUCUCGGACACGGAAGCGUCGAAAAGUGGAGAACGUCUCUGCGAGAACACGGGGCUCUCCUCCGCGUCUCGGUCAUCCCGAGGCAUCGAGUGCCGCGUGCGCGAAGAUCCGGCACGGUAAAUUAAUUGAUCGUCGUGCGGACCGUUUGUGUGCGCGAAAAAGGCGAGGAUAGCGAGAACGCAUCCGGUUCCAGCCACCCUUCGGUUCCUGUCGACGUCCCGCGACGUCGUCACAAUCUCCCAACAUACAUUCGUAUUUAUUCGAGUAUGUGUGCACACAUAUCUUCCUUAUAUAUAACAACGUAACAGCAAUUGACGGAAGUUAACACCUGUGCCUUAAAAGGUGGACAAUGGAAAAGGAGAAGUUUCCGUAAUUUUUAACUUUAGUUUUAUACUAAAAAACGCACGCUGUAAAACUGAUUCACAACAAUUUCCAAGGAAAAAAAAGAAAACACUGAGCUUAUGGUGCUGCAGAAGUCAUCGAGCAUCACGUGGACACUGCAAAGUCGGAAUAUGUGCCGGUUGGUCAAUGUUAUUGCAAUUCAUUAAUUCAUCGACGAAAUCAUGCUAUCGGAAUGCGGUGGAUUAGUGCACUUCAAGAAGAGACUAAAGCCUUGCAAGCAACGGUCUCGAGAACUAAUUCGCGUUUUCGGAGGCUAAGAUGAGCAAAAGUGUGGAGUUACUCGCUGGAUCGGAGGACAGUGAGCCAACACCUGCAGGUAGCACUUCUACUCAAGAGAGAUCCAGACUGAACCUGAACGGAAGCCGUCAGAUCUCGAGAAGCGCCACGGAGCUCCGAGACAGCGAGAUCGCGAACCGCUCGCCAUCGAGGCGGGAUGACGGAUCGGGUGAAUCAAGCGUCAUCCACCAUCAUCGGCAUCAUCGGCACCACGGCACGAUAUCGGUCGCGCAGCGCACUCACACUUUCUUCGCGACUCUGAAGAGUCGUUGGGCUCGCAGCAGGAGCAAGGAGCGAAAAAAGUCGAAGGAUGCCAGCAGCGUGCAGUCCCAGGACGCGGGCCAGCUUAAGAAUCCUGGCGUCGAGUCCGAUUAUGCCGCCGAUUACUCUUCCGAGCACAGCAGAAGCUCCUCGGCCACCCAGAGCCCGGCCAGGCACUGCCUCAAUCGUCCAGAAUCUCCGUUGGCACGUGGUGGCCGAGAAAAAGGCAUGACUAUGCAAGAAGACGGGAAAUACGGCGAGGGAUAUUCGAAAGGAGCCGCGAGCUUCCAGAAAGAGGGACACAUGGGCGAAGUAUCUCAAGGCUCUAUUGGUCCGGAUGGCGAGUUCAUUCACGAUGAGGCGAUACGAAAAAGGGAAUUAGCACUCAGGCAACAUGCCUUCUUCCAGCUUCGUUUGCAUAUAAGAAGAGGCGCGAAUCUCGUUGCGAUGGAUAGAGGCGGGGCCAGCGAUCCUUACGUGAAAGUAAAAUGUUCAGGACGACUAUUGCACAAAUCGCGAACCGUUCAUCGCGAUUUAAAUCCGGUUUGGGAUGAAAGCGUGACCUUGCCCAUAGAAGAUCCUUUUCAAGCACUUACUAUUAAGGUUUUCGAUUACGAUUGGGGUCUGCAGGAUGACUUUAUGGGAGCUGCUCAAUUGGAUCUAACACAACUCGACCUUGGACAUUCUCAGGAUAUAACAUUAGAACUUAAAGAUCCGGGCAGACCAAAGCAGCAUUUAGGCGAAAUCUAUCUGACGGCUACAUUAUGGCCCAGAAAUCAACAGGAAAAAGAACAGUACUUCCAGAAGACCAAUCGAUUAGCAGACGUAAAUAGACGAUUAAAAUCACAAAUAUGGAGUUCGGUGGUUACAAUUGUGCUCGUGGAAGCAAAGAAUUUAUUGCCGAUGGACAUAGAUGGUUUAUCAGAUCCUUAUGUCAAAUUUCGACUCGGCACGGAGAAGUACAAGUCGAAAGUCGUUAAUAAGACAUUGAAUCCAGUUUGGUUGGAGCAGUUUGAUCUCCAUCUUUACGAAGAUCCGUAUCUGGGGCAAGAGUUGGAGGUAACAGUCUGGGAUCGAGACAGGAGUCAUCAGGACGACUUAAUGGGCAGAACGGUGAUCGAUCUGGCUACUUUGGAGCGGGAAACCACCCAUCGGCUAUCGCGCGAACUCGAGGACGGGUCGGGCAAUAUUUUUUUACUCUUAACGAUAAGCGGUACCACGGCCAGUGAGACAAUCAGCGAUCUGGCCGUGCACGAGGAAACGUCGACGGAGCGCACUCAAUUAAUUCAGCGUUAUUCCAUUGCAAAUACUCUGCAGAGGAUACGCGACGUAGGUCACCUGACAGUGAAGGUAUAUCGAGCGCAAGGUCUGGCAGCGGCCGAUCUCGGCGGUAAGAGCGAUCCGUUCUGUGUUCUGGAACUUGUAAAUUCCAGAUUACAAACACAGACGGAAUAUAAGACUCUGGCACCGAAUUGGCAGAAAAUUUUCACUUUUAAUGUAAAGGAUAUCAACGCCGUCCUAGAAGUGACGGUAUACGAUGAGGAUCGGGAUCACAAAGUAGAGUUCUUAGGGAAGGUGGCGAUACCAUUACUAAAAAUUCGUAACGGGGAGAAACGAUGGUACGCUUUGAAGGAUAAAAAGCUUAGGGGUCGCGCAAAGGGUAACUGCGCUCAGAUUCUUUUGGAAAUGACUGUAAUGUGGAAUAUAUUCAGAGCAUGCGUCAGAACGCUUAAUCCGAAGGAAAAGAAAUACAUGGAGCCGGAAGUCAAAUUCAAGAGACAAGUCUUUCUGCGGAACGUCCUCAGGCUUAAGGCUAUUAUCGUAAUAUUUAUUGACAUAGGGAAAUAUAUGCAGAGCUGCUGGGAAUGGGAAAGUAAGAUGAGAAGCAUUAUCGCUCUGGUCCUUUUUAUUCUUGGAUGUUACUACUUUGAACCAUAUAUGAUACCAGGUCUGGCGUUAUUGAUUCUUCUGAAAUACUACUUGCUUAGCGGCGAAAGGAGCGGGUUCAAUCAUUGGAUUUGCGGACAGGUUGCUGUGGUGACGGGUGCGCCUUUGAUUUACGCAAGUUCGCAGUUCCAAGAUCAUGCUGAAGGAUCUGACGAUUGCCCUGUGACGCCAGGGGACGAUGACGACGACGAAGAUGACAAGGAUAAAGAGGAGAAAAAAAGUCUGAAGGAGCGUUUGCAAGCGAUACAAGAAGUGACGCAAAUAGUUCAGAACUCGAUUGGCUACAUAGCUAGUCUUUGCGAGAAAGUGAAAAAUCUCUUCAACUUCACGAUUCCUUACUUGAGUUAUUUAGCGAUCCUUCUGACGAUCGCCGGAGCAGUUGUGCUCUAUUUUAUUCCUGUCCGGUACUUAAUCCUCGCCUGGGGAGUUAAUAAAUUUGCUAGAAAAAUCUUCAGGCCUCACUCCGUGCCCAACAACGAGCUCCUCGAUCUUAUAUCUAGAGUACCUGACGAUGAAGAGCUGCUUAAUUAUAAAGAACUGAAACCUGUGCCGACAGCGGAUUGCGAGAGAGGCUCGGGCAGUCCCAGUUUAAAUACGAGACGAGAGCAAAGGAAAAGGCACAAAGCGGCGUAGCAGAAUUACCCGCGGCCGGAAGUCGCGGGUCCUACAAGGUCGUCCAGUAUCCUUAAAUCGGUCCUGCUGCGCCGGAAAUUGCGACAGCGAAAAGGAUCAGCGGAAAAUAUGGAUGUGAUCGACAUAGACUGAAUAUAUACCUACUUUCAUUUUCUACUCUCCCUAAAUCGUAAGAAUUUUGUCUAUCGUCAGUCGUUGGCGAAGGUAUCGCACGUGAUAUUGCCUCGAAAGAGGCAAAAAGAUAUAGAAAUUAUUGACAAUGACAAAUUUUAAUGUUGAAAGAGACUAGCAAAGAAUCGGGAUGGAGAGAUAUUUCUUACGUGAAUAAUGAAAAAAAAAUGUUCUUAUUGCGGAAGAUAAGAAUAUUUUAUAC